UUUAGAAGAUCACAACCUUAUAAGAACAUUCAACAGCUGGAUAUUAAACUCUAAAACCAGAAAUGGAUUUUUACGUGACUAUGAUUCUCCUCUUCUUUGGAUACGGCUUCAACUCCUGCUCUCAGUUCCCCAAGCGAAAGUACUACUAUGUUAACAUGCCAAUGAACUGGACCGAAGCUCAGCAUUACUGCAGAGAGAAAUACACUGACCUGGCCACCAUCGAAAGCACAGAUGACAUAAGCAGGCUAAAACCUGAUUUUCUCUAUGCAUGGGCAUGGAUAGGACUGAAGGAUGACCCAAAAUCCUGGAAGGUAUCCAUGGGCAAUGACACCAACUCCUGGAGAUGGUCAGCGACUGGUCUAACAAGCAAAACUGGUUACCACAACUGGAAAGUAGGGCAACCAAACAAUGAAUGGUCAAAUGCAAACUGCGUGAGCAUGGGCACUAAUGGAAAAUGGUAUGACAGGGACUGUAAGUCACUCUGGAGUUUUGUUUGUUACAAUGUUACAAACCAAACUGAGAAAACCUAUGUGUUCAUCUCGGCUCUAAAAUCAUGGAAUGAUGCUCAAGCAUACUGCAGAGAACACUACACAGACCUUCCUAUGAUCGAGAACAGUGUAGAAAACAAUGAGGUCUAUUCUGCAGCACCAGCCGAAGUUUGGAUUGGUCUGUACCGAGUGCCAUGGACUUGGUCCGACAACACCCAAAGCUCCUUCAGACAAUGGCUAAUUGGAUUCCCAAAUAACUUUGGUGGUCACAAGUUCUGUGUAGACGAGAAUUUUCUACAUACAUGGGAAGACGGGAACUGUGAUGUGAAGUUACCUUUCAUUUGCCAUCAAGUUUCAAAACUGAAGACCACGGUGCGGAUGAAGUUUCAGACUGACGCCGACAUAACGGAUCCAGCUACUAACGCCCAGAUCCUCCAGCAGCUUGCUGCAGUGCUAACAAGUCAGGGAUGGACUGACUUCAAUCUGCAAUGGAAGAUUCAGCCCACAAAACAGAUGAAGACAAACUAACAGAACCUCAACGCAGUUCACAUUUUUAAUAUAUUUUUGUUUGUAAACCUAUUUUGCUCUGUUGUUACUAAGUAACUUGUGUGUAAUAAAGCUGCAGUGAAUAGAAGAUAAUAAUAUAAUGAGAUAAUUAGGCUUUUUGUUGCGAGCUGCAACUUGACUUGGCUAUGGUUGGCUAGAGAUUGGUAGAUCAAUACUUUGAUACUCACAAGCUACUCAUUUGGUAUCAAUUCCUUUUAUAAAUUAUCGAUAAUACAGUUAUAUAAAUCAAAACGUGGGCGGCUGCCUCAUUUCCAAAAGUUUUCAAUUCAAUUCAAUUCAAUUCAGUUGUAUUUGUAUAGUGCCAAUUCAUAACAAAAGUUAUCUCAGGACACUUUUCAGAAAGAGCAGGUCAAGACCAUACUCCUUAUAAAAUGUCCAGUCCUCCAUGGUGCAAUCCUUAUGGUACUUUGAAAACCUCAGCCUGGCUGUUCUUUCUCAUUGAUAAAGAUUUUUUAGCUUUGCACGACUUCAGCCCUGGCCUUAAGAGCCUGUUUCGAACCUUUCUCGGCGUGCACUUCACCCCAGCUGCCAUUUGCAUUGCUUUUCUAGGUCACUUGAUGUCAUCCCACAGUGGUUGAGUGACAUUCGAUUAAGUUGCCGGUCAUCCCGGUCAGUGGAGAGUCGUUUUCGCCCUCUGCCGGUCUUUGUUGUCCCCAAUGUCUGCUGCUUGACCUUGUUCUUAUCAACUGGCAUUUUUGAAUUGAACCCUUCUUUUCCACACUCAAAAUGUUUCUUUUCAACUCCUUUGGCAUGGUUAAUGGUUAUUUUUUGAUUCUAAUUACUUUUGAGGUACUACUAGCACUAUUUUUGCCAUCCAGCUGGUCCUAUUGCAAGAGCAUAGUAAAGACCACAGCAGUGUUUUUUAUACUUCCUUUUUAAAUAAGAUUUGGUUCAGGUGAUCACCUAAUCAGUACCUCAUUAAGUCGAAUUGAACAGACACUGUAAUGGAAUGGCUGCCAUAUAUGUAGAGAUGCUUAUUUAAGACAAAUUUAGAGUGAUUUCUUAUUUUUUCCCAGUCCAGACAUUUUUAUGUAAAUGUACUCAUAUUUGCUUUUGUAAUAAAUUUGGCAUUAAUGGCCGGUAUUUGCCGUAUGAUUUGCCUUUAAAUGUAAUGAAUGGGGUUUUUUAUUUUGAAAAAUCACAUACCAUGCAUCGGUAAAAUUGUAUCAAACAGUAUCGUUUACAAUACAGGUCAUAAUGAAGAUUAAUCGAUAAGUUAUAAAUCAUUAGUCACAGCCAAAUGUUUGUAUGUAGCAGGCAAUUUAAAAAAGUAAUUAAACUAUGCUGUGUUGAUUUUA